UUAUAUCUGUUAAAGUCUAAAAAAAAUUGUGUGAAAAUGCUUAUUUAAAUAUAAUUGUUGUACCACGGUUAAAACAGCAGACAUUAUAGCUACGAUAAAACAAAAAAGUGUUACAUCAUGCAUUCUAUUUACCUUUUGGUAUCCUUUUAAGAGAUCGAGAUCAUGAUCUCAUCGGUGUGCGAACAUUACUGCCGAGAGAAGCAAAGCAGUUUGCCGGUUUAUCGUAGACAGUCGGGAUCAAGUGAAUAGAGCGCCGGAAAGUAUCCCUUUUUACGAGUGGCGCCGAACGAACGGAUCGAGAGAAAAGCGCGAAAUUAAUCGCCGAGAAUUUAUCGUCCGCCCGAACGAUCGCCGUUGCUUCCGCAAGUAAACUCGCGUUACGUCUCAUUUCAGCGUAAUUGGAAAUAAAACUGUACACCUUGAAGCUACCCACCUCGAAACAACAAAGACGUCGCGCGGAAUUUCAACAUAGGCGGCCUACAUUAUAAAAAUUUCAACAGCGGCAUCCAUUAUUUGUUACGUUAUGUAUCUGUGUAACGUUCUUGGUGAUCGAUCGGCAAGAAUAAAUUAUUUGAUUCACGCGACUUUUUUGAGAGGAAAAUAAAAAAAAGUGGAAAUAAUAGCGAUAUCUCAGGAUUCGUACGAAGAGAUAAUAUUAGAUAUUUCAUCUCACGAGACGGGAUUCCAUCUCAAACUCAAGUCCGGGAAUUAAGAACGCGUCGCGGAGAAUCAUUGCGGUUUCUCCGCAAUCACGGAAUAUAGAUUACGAGUCGGCUAAUAUUGAAGGGAGGGAAGUUCAUUGUCUCCCGGGCCCCGGUUGAUUGUCUCUCGCUCAAUCGAAACGUCGGACGCCCGUGAUCUGAAAUUAUCGAAGGGAAAAGAGCGGACGGAGAAACGCGGGAGAGAUACGGAAGGAGGGUGGAAAGUUAAGGGUGGAAGAUGACAGACACGGCGAUACCCGUCGACGUCGCCGUGCCGCGCGUCUCGGGGGAAAAGUAGCGCGAUUACUCGCUCCAUCUGCUUUAUUAAGGAUCUCUCGAUUACCCCCGCGCCCCGCCGACGUUCCUUCUCGUUACUCGCGGAAAGAGAGACCCGGGGAAUCCCGUUAAUUCCCUCCCCCCCCCCCCCUCGCCUUUCAUCCGGUUCCGUAAUCCGACGGCAUCCCUCAUGCGGAAUGCACGCGCGACGGGCGGCGUAAAAUUCGUCAUUUCUAGCGAAACGAGAGCGAGAGCUGACGCGAGGAAACGGGAGAGGAGGAGGAGGAGGAGGAGGAGGAGGAGGAGGAAGAGGAAGAGGAAGCGGGGCAUGAAACGAUUCGGGCAAAUUAAACGGCGCCGUUCGCGCGGCCGCGCGCGAUAUAACGUAUUAAUAUUUUGCUUGCACGAGGAAGCGGCCAGCUGGCAACCGGGCGGAGAUAAACAGACGAAAACGUGGGAAAAUGAGCGCGGGGUCGCCACAAAAUUUAUUCGGAUGCUGUACAAUCCCUGGGAUAAGCGCGCGGUCCGUAAAAUUAUUUAAUUGGCUACUACAGCGAUAUACGUUCUGAAUAAACUGUGUGGAGGUAGAAGUGGAGAGUAUCCCCCUCUGCGGGAAUAUUACACGCGGAUCUUGAUAACGCACGCGGAAACUACACAAUCGUGAAAAAAAUAUCUGACGUGACUCCCCUUAGCCUUGACGCGUUAUUGGCCUCGCCUAUUUUUACAGGCUGUACAGGCGAGCGAAGGUUGAGAAAUAGUAGCGGGAAAAAAAAAAAAAACAGCGGUCCCGAAUUCACCGAGAAUAGAGCGCGAGGCUCGCCCUAAUUUUCUUCCUCUACGCGAGAGGCGUAGAGAGCUCCGUUCGUUCCGAUUCCUCGGGGAGGACUUUUGACGCGCGGGCGAACUUUGAUCACGUUGGCGCUCUCUUGAAAGUAAAAAGGAAAAAGGAGGAAAAGUUUUUCGUACGGUUUACCCGGUUUCAAAAGAGAGUCGGGCUUAAUUACACGGCCGGCGCGGGCGCGAGAGCCUCGGGUAGUGCGCGAACGGUACGUUACUUCGCGCCACGCAGCACAAUGAUCAGGGCGACAACGGUAACAAUGAUCAGCGAUGUGGAAUAACCACCUGGUGAGAUACACGCCCUCGAAUACAAACCGCACAAUGCAAUCCCGCGGAAAUCGUACGCGCCGCGCCGACUCGAGGUCGAGGUAGGGGGAGGGGGAUGGGUUUCUUUGUUUAUUACACAGCUUUGUUUCUUCGGCGCCCGAUUAAUCGAAUCGCCAGCCGUGAAUCGAUGCUGAUUGCGCCGCCGCCGGGGUCGCCGCCCGAAAAUUAGAUGACGGGCGUGCUAGCGCGUGAAAUACGUCGCACGCUCAUAUCAAGUGUAAACGAAGUCGUUGGCUGAACACCACGUUUUCCCGAUUUUCUCUUUUCGCAGAAUGAGUCGAUCGCUGCUCUUUUUGUCUCUUGACAAUUUCAAAAUUUGGUGUAGAAACUAUAGUUGUCCGGCAGUAAUUACAGAGAUGCUGAGGACAGAUCUGUUUUACUGAUUAAACGCAAUAAUUUUCGUCACAAGAAUUGGUUUCAUUGCUUUUAUAGAUUUGGAAAUCCUUUUCCAGAAAGUAUAUGCAUUAUUAUUAGCUUGGACUGUAGAGUUCAUGCCGAAAAGCGGAAGAAAACGUUUAUAAUUUAUAACAUUUUUAUUAUUUCUUAGUCAAAUAUGACGCGUUGAGUUGUUACGUAAUAAUAUUUGCUUGAUACAAAAGAUCUGCAAUUUGUACUGCAAAUUGUAAAAUUUUUAAUUCCAGACGUAGAUAACAGGAACAAACAAUGUCGAGGUCUUAAAGUUUGACUUUGAUGCUUAAUUAAAACGAAAUUGUUAUACAAAAAUUUAGACGUACAUGUGGGUGAAAAGUUGAUAAGUACAACAAUGUGAAAAAAAAUGUUUUUGGUAUAAAGUCCAAUUUACAGACUCAUAUCAAUACUUUACUUUUGGAAGAGGAUUUCCAAAUCUAAAGCAAUAAAUCUAAAUUAAAAAAAAAUAUAUGUACGAAAUCUUAUUAAUAACGACAUGCAAUAAUUCAACAUUAUCGAUCAAGUUUAAUCGUCACUUCAACAUCUUCUAAAUUUAAUUAUUGUAUCUUGUGUUAGCAAUAUAAAAUUUUGUUACGUGAGAAUAGACCAGUACUAUUCAAAAUUUGUAAUUUUGGACUUGAAAUUAAAGUGUGUCAAGGCUAUUGUUAUUUCUAUUCCUAGCUUUAUAGCUGCUUUCUCGUAAGGCGCGGCGCUUGUCUGAGAUGUCAAAUGUUUCUGACAGUGUAUCAUUCAUUAUUUAAAACUACAAAUUCUAAACAUCCCUGGUUCUUUCGAUAUUAAAGAGAACGACAUAAUACGGUAUAAAUGCCCGAAGAAAAUGUUAUAACCCGUAAUAACAGAACUGUGUACGGAUAUCCUCUCUAUAAAGUCGAAUCCGCCGUGGAAUCCAAAGUAUCGAGUUUCCGGUUUAUUGGCAUCCUCGAUUUUCAACUUCCGUAGAGCAGCUGUUAUCGGCCCGCUAUCGUAUUCGCAUACCGUGCGCCAGAAGAUACCGCCCUUUCCGCGGUGUACGUUUCGCCAUUUAUCAUAUUCUUCAGAGAGAUACGGCAGCAAUUUUUAAUAUCCGAGAAUUCUGAAACGCGGGAGUUCGGGCCGAAUUUUUGAUUACAGACUCAUCUUUCAUUUUCCACCCAAUAGCGGUCACUGAAAGAAUAGCCGAAAGGGGUCGUAGUUCGAGAGAUUCUACAUUAUGCCAUAACUUGGAGAAGUUCGAUAAUUUUCUCUUAUCACAGUCUGGAGAGCCACUUUUACGGCGAUGCCCUCGGACUUUUCCUUGCCGGACGUGACUUCUGGCUUCCCGAAAUCGGUUUUAUCUCUAGCGAGAAUAAUUUUCCGCCAGAAACUUUCACCAUCACACGGGUGUCGUUAGUGCAAUUAGAAUUCAUAGACGCGUCAAUUUGAGGUGCGAACGUCAGUGUGUUUCCCAUGUCUAAAUAUUUAAAAAAUUUCGACGAUAGUGCACAUUCGUGAAAAUUGAAACCAGUGAGAAUUCGUACAAACAGAGGAAAGUAUUAGCCAUUAAUUCUAAUUUGAUGAUUUAGCCAAUUUUGUUUUUCUCUUCAUAAAAUUAAUAAACAAACAUUAAUACGCGUAAUAUAUUGAAUAAUAUUAAUUUUUGAGGAAAAUAUAUAAGAUUAGAAUUGCGUUUCACGAAUGCAUUAAAUGUUUCCGAUGUAACUGACUGAAAGACGUUGAUUUAAAGCGUCAGCUGCAUUCGCCCGAAGGCACCACAAGCCUCAUCUAAGCUGUUACAAUGAGAAAGGCGAAAUAAUUACUCACGCUCACUAUAGAUAGAUUAGGAGUUUGUACGAGGCAACUCGUCACUGUUUAAGGAACGGGAGGCGGGGGAGGAAGAAGUUGUCUCGUGUAUGCGAAGCAUACGUAUAGAUUAAAGGAUUCUAGGAAUUACCUAUCAGGCGCAGAAGGUGCAUAAGGUAGGUGGAGGGAAGCCAUCGGGCGUACCAUCGCGAAGAGGGAAGUGCAAACAGAGCACGGCGGAGGUCAACCGAUGCAUUUACAUAACUCGCAUAUAUGUAAAGACACAUCGCCCGGCUCGUACCGGAAUACCGGAUUGCCAGAAAGUCCUACGAUUAAAUAUUAGCGAGAAUAAACUGCAGCCUUCGCGAAGUAUCCUCCCAUCCGCUCGCAACGGCGAGAGACGCUCCUUCCUUCAUGCUCCGUUUUCCCGAGGCUACUUAUCCUUCCUCAUCCUGUCCGUAUUUCCUUGAUCUCUCUUCUUUUCUUCCGCUCGUAAGAUAUUUCUCGCUGUCGCGUCUGCUCUCGCGGAUCUUAAUCGUUUUCGUGAUCAUUUGAGCGACUAUUGUCUAGAAAAAGGUACAAGGUAAAGAGAUAGAAAUGAAGAGAGAAAGAGAGAGAGAGAGAGAGAGAGAAAUGUAGAGGAACACGAUAAGGCUAAAAUGAGAACGGUGAAAGAGUGUAGUGUAGGCGGAGAGCUCCCCGGAACAAACGAUGCUUGUAAUAUCUCAGGAAUAUCUACCUUAUAGCCGGGGGCGAGUAAUAUUCAAACUUCCCGAUUAUCUUCUUCGAGACACCGAAACUCCGAGAUUAAAAAUCGUUGUUGCGGAACACCGCUAAUUUUCUGAUUAUCGUAAAAAUUUUUCGAGAGCGUGAGAUAUAUUACUGUCAAGGAUUUCUCUUACUCAAUUGUUAAUGCUCACAUUGCCAUAAAAAUUGAGAUAAUAUAUAAUAUAUUAUAAUAGAUCUACAAAAAAUUUAAUAUCUGCAUUUAACAAAUUACUUGGUUCAAAUAGGAGAAGUUUUUCAUCUUUUAAAUAAUCUAAUGCUAAAGAGUUUAUUUAAAUCCUCUCUGUGAUACAAUUUUACUUAAGAUUAUUACCGUAUCGGAAUCUCUCUCUCUCUCUCUCUCUCUCUCUUAAGAGAGUGCCGCGAAAGUACUCGCGAUACACCGUGUCCAACUUUCAAUUCCCGCGAUAAAUCUUUAAACAAAUUAAAUCUCUUCGGAAAGCGAAGCGAUACAGCCCAUGAUGCCCGAAGAUUAGUUUACCCCCGGAGAGAGUAAGCGACGAAGGGUGGAUGGAGAUGCUGAAAGAACGGCCCGCGAAAGAAGCGGUAGCGAACGAGGGAGGAAAAAGCCUCCGGUAGUAGGGGGCUAAGGAAAACCGCCGGGAGGGAUGGCAACCCUCGAACAAACGACGCCUGUAAUAUCUCACGGAUAUCCCCGACCGGGUCGUAGCCGCGGGGAGAAUCGUAUUCAAACUUCGCGAUUAUCUUCCCCGAGAUUCUCUCUCGCUACUUCCUUCCUCCCCGCCUCCGCCCACACACUCCCGUAUUUUUUUCCACCACCACCCACGAACGCCACCGCAUCGUCGUCGCGUGCACACACGGCGAGAACCACUCGUGAUAAAUGCGACCCGAUAAAGGCGCACUCGUCAUUCGCUCGAGCGAAUCGACCACACUCGGUUCUUUUCCUCUUUCUCUCGCCCUUUUUCAUCCCCUCUCCCCCUUCUUUUUUUUUGACGAAUCGUCUUUGUCGCCCGCCGUGAAAUGGAAUCGAGCGCGAUCGAAUCCCGAGGGAGGGAGAAAAACAAGCAACCGCGAAAAGGUGAUAUCACGAAGCGAUUGUCACCUGGUGACAAAGGCCCGCGUACGAGAAUCGAUUAUUUAUCGCGCCGCCGUCCUUUCGCCGGCCGUUCUUUCCUCGCGUCAAGCAAGAGGAACGACGUGCUAUCGGCGAAAAUGAUUUCAUGGUGAAAUGAUCGUCUCCCGUCUUCCUCGCGUAAUUAUAUCACUAAUCGCGUUAAAAAAGCACAGAUACAAAAUCAUAUUUUAAAUAAAAACAAUUUAACGUCACCUUGCUUCAUUUUGUGUUAAAAUAGGUUUCGUUCAGGUUUUAGUUCUUUCGACAAAGAGAAAUGAUGCGUCCGCAUGGAUGGAUAUCGAUAUCUUAGAACAAGAGAGCGUCAUUCUGUGAGUCGGUGGAAAAAAGGGAAGAGAUGUCAUAUCUCUCAAUGUGAGACAUUUAUUUCCCAUGAUAUUGACACAUACGUAUUAUGAGUCUAAUAACUGUAAAAGGACAAUAAACAUAAUUACAAAACUACAAUUACGAUUCAACUAUUAUAUAAAUAAAAAAUUAAGAGGAAACGAAAGCAAAAUUACUAUAGACAUCUACAAACGAUUCUAAAUCGAACCCCACUAGCGGAUUUAAGAUAUUUUAAAAAUUUACAAUUACUACUUAUAAGGCAUUUGUUUAUUUAAUUAUACCGGGCGAACGGUUCAACGAUCUCCGCAAGCGGAUUUGAGCUAUCUUUAAAAUUAAAAAAUUUGCUAAUUAUAAAUUGUUUAAAUAAUUAUACCGUGCGAGCUUAAAAGCAACAUUUCUUGCUUUUAAUAUCACAAUUUUUUAUAUAUUUUCUUUAUGAGAGAACUAUUUGAAACUGUAUGUAUACAUAUAUACGUAUAAAAGAAAACUACAUAUCAAAUUCUUAUUUAAUAAUAUCGAAUUAAUGAGGGCGACUAUAUAUCGUGUUUGUAUCCGGGUCAACAAUCUGGGUCAACAACUUGGACCAAGGAUCGGAAACGAUAUUAGGCAUGACACUGUUACACACGCACCGACAGAUAUGCCUUUCGGCGCGUAACGAUCACUCACAUACACAAAACGCCGUACGUGUAUGAACACAGCAUCCAUCCGAAAGAUUUUAAUAUUACAUUUUUUAGAUAAGUUUCUAAAUAUAAUCUGCUCACCGAAGUUCAUUCAACCCAACUGAAAGUUCAAGGCUACAUUCGAAAACAAGUAUUGCGAACCUCUAUGAUGACUAUACACAUGUGAAUGAAGGAGAGAAGGUAUUCUAUGUUUUCCAAAGGUAGUGGUCUAGAUGCUUUCUCCCUACUACUUGGUCUCCGUGAACGCAAAGGAUUUAAAUAGACUUCUUGACAUUGCUUUUACUCAGAGCUCUUAAAGUUUUCGUUAGGCGCGAAUACGAUAAGUGCACUUUAUACUAAAAUUAUUUUUGAAGGUUGCUAAAGUAAUCAAUCAUCUUUGUAUUCCAAAUCCAUUUUUAUUUCAUACAUCCUUUGUGUUUUAAUAUUUUUAUUAUUAAUCUUGUGAUCGCGAAUUAUUUCCGUACGUUUAUUUCCGUACGGAAAGUUUGACGGCUUUAAAAAUUGAACGGCUAAAUUAAAAAAAAAAGAACUCGGCUUCUGCACAAAUAAAAAACUGUAUUGCACUGAUUAGAAUAGUUAGAAUAGUUGACGAAAAUGUUUAUUAUUAUAUUGUUACUUGUUUUCGUGUAUUUUGUGUAUUACAUGCAAUAUGGAUCAAAUAAACAUUUAAUCAAUAAAAUACCAGGACCACCAGGUUAUCCAAUUAUUGGUAAUAUAUUGCUAGGAUUACGUUCACGAGAGGAUAUUUGGAAGAUUUUAUUUAAUUUAAGUAACCAAUAUUAUCCUAUCUUUAAAGUAUGGGCUUUUUUUAUAACUAUGGUAUCUAUUCGUCAUCCCAAUGAUCUGGAGAUAAUACUCAACAAUACAAAACACAUUAACAAGGGUUUGAUUUAUGACAAAUUAAGUCCUUGGCUUGGUACGGGUCUUCUUCUCAGUACAGGCUCCAAAUGGCAAUCACGGCGAAAACUAUUAACUCCCACGUUUCAUUUUAAUAUAUUAAAGCAAUUUACUAAGAUUUUAAUCGAAGAAAGCGAAAGCAUGACAAAGUCAUUGAAGAAUGCAGGAGGUGUCAUUACAAUAGAUUUAAUACCAUUUCUUAGUGAACACACAUUGAAUAUAAUAUGUGAAACAGCCAUGGGGACUUCUCUGCAAGGAAUGGGUUCAGUUCAGCAGCAAUAUCGAAAAGCGGUUCACCGAAUGGGUGAGCUUUUUGUUUAUAGGAUACUGAGACCAUGGUUAUAUAACGAUUGGAUAUUCUCGUUAACCCCAAAAGGCAGAGAACAAAGAAAGAUCUUGAAGAUAUUGCACGGAUUUACUAAGAAAAUUAUUGCAGAAAGGAAAGUUUAUCAUAAACAUCAUGGACAAUAUUUGAGGAAUCUUAGCGAAGGGACAGUUGAUGCAGAAACUAUUGAAAUGGAGAAGAAACAGCUUGCUAUAUUGGACCUUUUAAUAUUGGCAUCUCAAGAAGGUCUUCUAACUGAUUCCGAUAUAAGAGAGGAAGUCGACGUGUUUAUUCUUGGGGGUUAUGAUACUACAUCAGUAGCUAUGUCUUUUACUUUAUCACUCUUGGCCGAACAUAAAGAUAUUCAGGAUUGUGUCAGAAGGGAAGUUGAUGCUAUUAUGCAAGAAAGUCAAGGAAAACUUACCAUGAAAUCGUUACAAGAUCUAAAAUAUUUAGAGAGAUGUAUAAAGGAAUCAUUACGUUUAUAUCCGAGUCUUUAUUUUAUAGCAAGAGUUACUUCGGAAAAGAUACAAUUAAACUCAUAUUUAAUACCUGCCAAAACAAUAGUACAUCUUAAUAUACGUGAUGUUCAUAGAGAUCCAAAUUUUUGGCCAAAUCCAGAAAUAUUUGAUCCAGAUAGAUUUUUACCUGAAAAUUGUCAAAAUCGUCAUCCUUAUUCUUAUAUACCAUUCAGUGCUGGACCACGUAAUUGCCUUGGUCAACGAUUUGCUUUGCUGGAAAUGAAAGCGAUGAUAGCCUUUUUGAUUCACAAUUUCUAUUUGGAACCCGAGGAUUAUUUAAAGGACUUACGAAUGGAAAUUGAUUUAUUGCUUCACCCUGUACAUCCGCAUCGUAUAAAAUUUGUUCCAAUCGCCAAAAAGUGUACAUAAGUAUUUAAAAACAAUUUAAAUUUCAUUAAAUGACAAUUGCAUUGCG